AUCCUUAUUUAUGUGAUAUGUGAUAAUGAAAGGAAUUCACAUAUUUGAGUGUUUCCGUUAAUUUUUACUUUGUUUAUUUGUUCGUAAUAUUUUUCCUCAGCAAAUUUCACUGUACAUAAAUUUUACCGGCCAAAACAUGCGACUGAACGAGAACACGAAAAUCGUUGGGAAGAAAGUAAUUUUAGUGCCAUACUGUGCAGCACAUGUACAAAAAUAUCACGAAUGGAUGAAAUCCCCGGAACUACAAGAGUUAACUGCUUCAGAGCCACUCUCGCUUCAAGAGGAAUAUGAAAUGCAACGAAGUUGGCGUGAAGAUGAAGACAAAUGUACAUUUCUAGUUUUAUGCAGAACUACUUAUGAACAAACUAAUGAUGAAAUUUACUCAUUGGUAGGAGAUACAAAUUUGUUCUUGAGAAUGGAGGAUGGUGGUGAAGAAACAGACUCAAGCUACCAAGUGGCCGAAGCAGAGAUAAUGAUAGCAGAACCAGAAGCUCGCGGUAAAGGUUGCGGAUGGGAAGCAAUGCUUUUGUUGUUGAAGUAUGCUUUACUGAAUUUAAAUAUUAAACAAUUUGAAGUCAAGAUUGGUACAAAAAAUGAAAAAUCGUUACGCAUGUUCAGUAAAAUGCACUUCAAAGAGGUAUCACGCUCGGCUGUAUUUGAAGAAAUCACAAUGGUACUAAUGAUCGAUGAAGAGUGGAUAAAAUGGUUGGACGGACAAGUGACUUUGCAUUGUGAAAAUUACAGAAAUAACGAAUAAAUGAUCAUAAUGUUUAAUGUACAAUUUGUAAA